AUGAGCAUGAAGAACGAUGGUCACGAAGCUACUGGCGCGGCGAAGUCGCACAACCGCCUGAACAAGACAUCUCCGUCCGAAUGGGCAGCCCGAGCUAUCCAAAACUCGAGCCAGCCCAUCUCGCAACUACCGACAGAGAUCCUCUCUUACAUCUUCGUCUUAUACGCGCACGAGAUUGAGAUACCGUCCAUAACUAUAUCGUCCACGGACUCUGCAUCGGGACCCGUCUUGCGAAGACUAGGUUCGGGCUGGCUCGAUGUCACCCAGGUCUGCGUAGCUUGGCGCACGAUAGCUCACAGUACCCCAGCACUGUGGUCUCACCAUGAGAUACCCUUCGAGCUGGGCCACUCGUGGUGCCGAUACUUUCUGGCUCGCUCGGGUAGCAGACCGAUCAAGGUGUCCUUGGAUUUCCGGCGCUUCAUUUCGGACGGAAUACCAACUUGGGCUACAGACCUUCUGAAGGAGCACAUCCAUCGCAUCGGAAGGCUAGCUGUUGGGAACGGAUCGGAAGCGGCACUGCCGAGAUCCAAUAUUAUCAAGUGCCUCGUGCGAGACACGGCCCCUCAAGGCUUGACGUCUCUCUCUCUUUGGUUCGCCAGAAGCGGAUUUUAUGUACCUUCAUCGGACAUACAAUGUCUUUUGAGUGCACCGUCGCUGCGUACACUCUCGCUGCAUAAUUUUACAUGCGAUGUGUCCGGAUCAUCGUGGCCAAACUUGCGCAGCUUGACCAUUCAACGCGCGCGCGUAGAUCCCACUCAGAUGUCUAAGGCGCUAUCAACUGCACCUCUUUUGGAGACCCUCGCGCUGAGUGCGGUGAGACCGUCGUCUGACACUGCUCUUGAAAGAGUUCGCGUUCGGGUCCCGCUCCGCAACUUGUUCCGUUUCGACCUCUGGGGAGAGCCGAAGGGCAUUGCGGAGAUGUUGACGAAUCUCGUCCUACCGCCCUUGCGCCUCUUAUCCAUCACCGUUUUCGAAGUAUAUCAAGAGGAGACAUCAGUGGACACUGUGUUGUCCCUACUGCAAUACCUGCGUACCCACUUGCUGUCCGUGGAAACGAGCGGUCGGGCCAUCACCAAGUACCAGAUCGAAUCAUACAGUGACUUCAGGAUCGAGGCCAUCUCACACUACGAUCGCGAAAGGCCGUUCGACGCUAGCGAACAUAACACUGCGCUACAUUUCUCUGCUACACACAAGACGAUGCGAUCUCGUGUGGUGAAACUGUCCCAACUCUUGCGAGCGUUUCCGAUGGGACACUGUGAGGUGCUUGACAUCUCGACUCAGGAUGUUGGGCUUGCUACACCGUGGCUCUGGCAUCCCUGGCCAAGUCAGACCUGGUCUGACAUGUCUCUACAUGCAGCAAACGUUCAUACGCUCCGCGUGUUCGGUUCCAACGCUCACGCGGUCGUGAGGGAAGCCUUAGCCGGCUUUGAGCGCGACACUCCGACAUUCCUUUGGCCUUCCCUCCGAGCCUUACACUUGUACGAAGUCUCUUUCGAAGGCGAAACGGCGCCCUUCCUUACGCAGCUCGUCUCGUGGUUGCGUUUGCGCAAAACCAGAGGGAUGAGCCCAAUUCGUACGCUUAUCCUCCGCGACUGUCAUCUUUACGAAGGAUGGUGGUCAGAAUUUGACGAUCUCGACGAUGUCUCGGUCGAUUGGGACGGUAGAGAUGGGACAGGAAGGGUACUCACGCGGCCAAGUGAACCCUGGUUAGAGGGUCUUCCGAGUUGA